AGCGCCAUCCCUCCAAAAUUGUGUUUUGAUGAGAGACCCCUCGCAGGAAAGCGCUUGGCAACGAACGGGUUAAGGAGUUUAUAGGGUCCAGAUUGAUGCCCCCUCUCACACACGUCGCCAUGAACAAAUGAAUCCGCGGGGAAUCAAGUUCUCAUUUCGCAAAGGAGAAAGAGUCCUGUGCUUUGAACCCGACCCCAGCAAGGCGAAAGUGUUGUAUGACGCUAAGGUCCUCGAUGUCUUGAUUGGUAAAGAUGAACUUGGAAGAAGGAUCCCAAAGUUCCUGAUUCACUUCGACGGUUGGAACAGGAGCUGGGAUCGUUGGGCUGCAGAGGAUCAUGUCCUAAGGGACACUGAGGAAAACCGUAAAUUGCAACAUAAACUGGCACGCAAAGCUCUAGGUCGCAUGAAGAGAAAGGGAUGGGCCAAGAGGCGGCGGCGUCAGUCUGGUACUAAAUCGUCUCUGAAGCCUCUCCCCAAGGAGGACGACAGCGAUGACGCAUGUUUGAUUUCGUCUUCGGGGAGCAGUGACGGGGACGACUCUGACCCUGAUUCUUCGAAUAGCGGGGAAAGCACCUUCUCUGAGGAUAUCAACAAAAUGAGGGUUGAGCCCGACAUUAAUGUCAAAAGGGAAUGUGAAGAGAAGAUCGUCCACGUUGACAUCAGCAUCCCCGAUGCCCUGAAGAAGAAACUGGAGGACGACUGCUUCUACAUCAACAAGAGGAAGAAGCUGGUCAUGGUUCCCUGUCAGACGAAUGUCGUGCACAUCCUCGAGUCCUACGUCAAGCACUUUGCCAUCAACAAAGCCUUCAUGGCCAACGAGCGGUACCGGCGUCAGCAGACCACCACGCAGAGCAGCAGCCCACAGCCAGUCCCUCCGGAAAAGAGUGAGGAGCUGUGUAAGGAGAUGGUCGACGGCCUGAGGAUCACGUUUGACUUCACCUUACCCGUGAUCCUCCUCUACCCCUGUGAACAAGCCCAGUUCAAGAAGGUCAGCUCCUCCAGGAUUUCCCUGGCCGUCAACGAAAGCUCCCCCUGCUCCAGCAACGCCCAGCGGGAGCGCAGCCCGAGCCCGUUGGGGCUCAACCCGCCCACCCCGCAGUCCACGGACAGCCAGCCGGCACUGAGCGACAUCUCCGUCACCGCGCCCACCGCCACAGUCCCGACCCCGAAGCGCCGGCGCCACCCUGACAUGGACUGCAUCUCAUUCCAGUCCCAGUCGCUCAGGCGUUCCACCAGGAACACGUCUGGAGGCGACCGGCCCGCUGAAGGAAGCAGUGGAGGUGGAGGCAGUGCUACGGCAUCCCCGCAGCUCAAGCGCCGCUUGGUCGACACCACAUCCCAGCCCAAGUUCCUCCUCAACCUCGACAGAAAAACCCCAGUGCACAGCGGCUCAUCUUCCCCGUUGCCCUUGACGCCAAGCAAAGAGCGAAGUGGGCCCUUCUACGGCCUCGAGAGCCGGAGAAACAAUGAGCUUAAUGAGGUCCUAAGUUGGAAGCUGACUCCCGAUAACUACCCUCUGCAUGACCAGCCUCCGCCCCCCUCCUACCUGUACGGCGCACAGCACCUCUUGCGGCUUUUUGUGAAGCUUCCUGACAUCCUAGGAAAAAUGCUGAUUCCAGAGAGGAACCUCCGAGCCCUGGUGAAGCAUGUGGAACUCUUUCUCAGGUUUCUGGCCGAGUUCCACAAGGACUUUUUCCCCGAGUCGGCGUACGUGUCGGCGUCCGAGGCCCACUACAGCAUGAAGCAGCCGAGGCCGGUUAAUUGAAAGAGACGCCGGCCGUUUUGUUUUUUCUUUUCUUCUCCCGCUUUGCUCCCCCCCCCCUUGGGGCCGUGUGCAGAGGAAUAAACGGCAGCCGUCUGUGCUGUGUUCUCCCGGUCCAACCUUUCGUCCCCUCUGGCCUUAACGCGAAGCCUUGUGGAACUAGUUUCCUCUGUCAUGACCCUAACCCCCCCACCCCCAGUCCUCAUUGUCGUCCGCCCAUAUGUCACCGGGCCUACAUGCUAAUAUUCUGACUCUUUGAGGAAAAUAAAUCUGUAAUGUUGUUGUU